AUGUAAUGUUUAAUGCGCUUCGUGUUGUAAAUAACAACGAAUGGAACAUAUUUUUAUUUUUCUUUGCAUUUUUGUCAAUAUGGUACAGAAUUGUUCUUUUUAAAUCAAUGUGAUAAAUGAGUUAGGUCAAAAGUAACUAAAAGGUGUAAUGUAACGGAUUACGUAACGUGUAAUCAGUAACGGAUUGUGUUCCGAACAGUAAACAAAGCCGCGCGAUGACGAGUUGUCGCGGCCGCGGUGCAUGCUGGGACUGUGGGUCCUCCAGGCGCGCCUCCAUCUUUAAACCCCAGAGAAGAAGCGCUUCCGCUCCGGACUCACACCGGAUCCUGCGCCCACAUCCACACCUCUGACUCACGGACUCCGGAUCUGCGGUAAACGGACACCGACACCGAGCGCCGGGGAGCCGCGUGAGGCGCGUCAUUCCCGCGCUGACACCCACAGAAACAGCGGCGCUUCUCUUCUUCUUUUGUUCUCUUCUCUCGGAGAUGAGUAGUGGAAGAUGUCGGUUUCGGGACUGAAGGCCGAGCUGAAGUUUCUGGAGUCCAUCUUUGAUCCGAACCACGAGCGCUUCAGGAUCCUCGACUGGAAACCGGACGAGCUGAGCUGCCAGUUUAACGUUACCGGAGACCAGCUGCUGAUCAUCCACUGCAACCUCACGGAGUCCUACCCGUCGACGCCGCCGAUAUGGUGCGUGGAGUCCGAUGACCCGAGCCUGACGCAAGUGCUGGAGCGGCUGGAGGACGUCAGGAGGAGCAGCACACUGCUCUUGCAGCAGCUGAAGAGGCUGAUCUGUGAUCUGUGCCGCCUCUAUAAUCUUCCUCAGCACCCCGAUGUGGAGAUGCUGGACCAGCCUCUGCCUGCAGGACCUGUCAACCAGGACAGAAAGCUUGGGAUGAAAGAUGAGGUCACAUCAGAGGAGGAGGAGGAAGAGGAGAUGGCAGAGCAGGACAUCGAUCUGGAGCACUACGAGAUGAAAGAGGAGGAGCCGGUGGAUGGGAAGAAGUCUGAGGAUGAUGGGAUCGAGAAGGAGAACCUGGCCAUCCUGGAGAAGAUCCGCAAGAACCAGCGGCAGGACCACUUGAAUGUAAGUGCUCACUCGGGCGCCGUGUCUGGAUCUGUUCAAGCGUCGGAUCGCCUCAUGAAGGAGCUCAGGGAGAUCUACCGAUCUCAGAGUUAUAAAAACGGCAUCUACUCUGUGGAGCUGGUCAACGACAGCCUGUACGAGUGGCACGUGAAGCUCAGGACUGGGGAUCCUGACAGUCCUUUACACAGCGACCUGCAAGUGCUGAAGGAAAAGGAAGGCAUGGACUACAUCCUCCUCAACUUCUCCUACAAAGAUAAUUUCCCCUUUGAUCCUCCGUUUGUUCGUGUGGUUUCUCCCGUCCUGUCUGGAGGGUAUGUUCUUGGGGGAGGAGCUCUGUGUAUGGAGCUGCUCACUAAACAGGGCUGGAGCAGUGCCUACUCCAUAGAGUCUGUCAUCAUGCAGAUAAAUGCCACUUUAGUCAAAGGAAAAGCAAGAGUGCAGUUCGGAGCCAAUAAGAAUCAGUACAGUCUUGCCAGAGCGCAGCAGUCGUAUAAAUCGCUGGUGCAGAUCCAUGAAAAGAAUGGCUGGUACACACCGCCCAAAGAGGACGGCUAGAGCACAGCAUCCACACAUGGACCGAGCAUCUUCAGACGGACAUCUUUCUCCUCUCACCCCUCGUUUUAAUCAGAGCCACUCUUUCUGACACUUCUCUUUCCCCGCGGGGUAAAAAGGCUUGAUUUGACUCAAGUUUGACCACCUGACGUUCCUUCAUCAUCUCAAACAAUGCCACGAUUCCAGCAGAGCGAUGCAAUCUGACGCCAAUAUCUCUGAAAGAGCCCCCACACAGCACGAUUUCUGCAGCGCUCCUCCAUUGCUUAUGAUUGUUUUGGUUGCAUAUUGAAAAAAAAA